GGGUCACUGUACGAGGCUGAUGCGGCCGAGCGGUAUGAGCGCGUCAAGGAAUCGUCCCGCAUCUACCGGCCGACCGACUACCACCGUUGAAUGAGCACAACGCACUGGUUUGGAAUUAGUCAUUACGGUCUUAUCUCGCGCACGACACUGGAUACCUGUCUGCUAGCUUUGAUGCAGCCAAGAUGCUGUUACCACGCUGUCCCCCAAAUCGAAUCUUGUCCACCGGCAAAAGGGUUUCAUCAGACCCGCCGCGGCCCCCAGCCUUCCCAUAUCUGCCCGAUCGCAUUGGAUUUGGCAAUGGAGAAAUCGCUCAGCUACUGCUGCACUUGCGCGUUCUUGCAGUGCACUGCAUACGCCUGCAGAUUCGCAGAGGAUCUCGAUUACUUUGUUUUUCGCAUCUUCCUUUUCUGCGAUCAUCGCAACAAUACCUUCCUAUGUCUUAUGUUUGGUAUUCUUCGGUUCAUCCCGACUUCUCGAAACCAAGAACCACAAAAAAAAAGACAAACUCGCCGAAAAAAGGCCACAAAGCAGAGGAGAGAACAAAGGAAAAUGAGAAGAGGGACAAAUAGAGAGAAAUCUGUUGUGCGACCCUUCUUCAUGCUGUCUACACCGGGGGGAAAGCGGAAGAAGCCCGCUCCAGGACGGGGGCUUUCCAACUUUUGUUUUCUUGCUGCAGCCAAGAUGUACUGUAACUUACUGUAUGUUGCAUGCAAGCAGUGACUCAUCCGUCUCGGAUGCCGGAUUUGUGUGCUUAGUCUAGAGCACGAUGGCUGCAGCUGACCUGCAGGCCGCGCCUUUCCUUUGACUUUUUUUUUUUUCUUUCCAUUUUAACUUCGGAUCUCCCUUAAGGAAACCGUCCCCUCCUUUGAUCUUCCCAAUCACGGAUUCU